CGCGACCCUCUAUCAUUAGAACAGACCGUAAAACAUUGGUGCCGCGUCUUCAACGAAUAGCUCGUGCAACAUUGCUUCAGAUCGUAUUGCGUUUCAAAUACUACAUCUAUAUUGGUAAUUUGAUACUUAUACUGUCAAGAUGUCAGAUGCCAACGAGACUCUGGCAUCUGGUCCUGGUUCCGCGUCCACCGCCGCGCCGCAGGUCAAUCCUGUAUCACAACAUUCUGAACAGAAUGCUUCGGCAUCCUCCUCAGGCAGCAAUGCUAUGAAUUCUGAAAUCAAGAAAGAGGAGGGACAAGAGGAGGAAAAAGAUUUGGAUGCAUCCAUCGAUGCCGAUAUUGAUAUGGGUGGAACGUCAUCGCAGCCGAACGCGAUGAAUAUGGACGGAGCUGCGGAUGGUGAUGAUGAUGUGGACCCUGUCGCCCCGGCACCAGAUCCUCGUGUUCCUUCAAAGAAGGAUGCGACGCUUCGAGAAUUCCUUGGAAAGAUGGAUGACUACGCUCCGAUUAUUCCUGACGCUGUAACGAAUUAUUACCUCACAAAAGCUGGCCUUCCGCCACCACCGGAAACGUCCCCCCAACUCGCACGCCUUCUUGCUCUCGCAACCCAGAAGUUCAUCGCCGAUAUUGCCGCCGAUGCAUAUCAAUACUCUCGUAUCCGUUCAUCGAAUACGACCUCUAGCAAUCCCAUGGGAGGCUUGGGCGCAACGGGAGGGUUCCCUAUGCCCGGUCAGGCUGGUGGAGCCAGUGGUGCGCAAGGAGGAAAAGAUACAGCCGGAGGCCAGGGUAAAAGUGCAGUUCUGGGAAUGCAGCGACCUGGUUUCGGUGGAGGUGGUCAAGGAGGUGGCCAAGGAAGAACAGUGCUGACAAUGGAGGAUCUCGGUAUGGCAGUAGGAGAGUACGGCGUCAACGUGAGAAGAGGGGAAUUCUAUCGGUAAGGAUGGCUAGAAGCUGAUUUUGUCUUGCAUGUUUCCACCAUUUUUUUUGAGUGCGGCCAUCUUUCUCAGGUAAUAUCGGAUAUGGGACGGUUUACUUCUUUUAAAAAGAAAUUGCUGGGCGUAACGAGGCGUUGAGGCAAUAUCGCGGACACUGGGAAAGGCCGUAAAAGGGUCUAAUUAGAAGAAAUAACCGCUGCAUACGACCAGUCAUAUAAGGAGCAUUGGAAGUUCAACUUAAGAAAGGAAGAAAUGAUAGUUUUGUAUAAUUUAACCUUAAACGUGAACUUGAUAAACGAUAUAGAACGCCGAGCUUAUGCGAGUGUCCAACCAAACUUGUGCUGCACGGAUAUAUA